AAUAUCGGCCUUUGUGAAUCGCUAUGAGCGGGGCACCGUCUAACAACAAUCUAAUAUUACAGAUUAUUUUCUAGUUAAACUUCAGAACAACAUUAAUAGAAUUAUGACACCUUCUGCCUAAGACAACUAGGUCAUACCUAAAAGCUUUGUUCAAUUCAUCAUAAUGGAAUUUGUCUGGUGCUAAUCCAACCACUACAGCGUUAGCCUUUUCAUCGUUCUUUACUAAAUCCUCGAAAUCUUCAUUGGCUGCUUGAUCAAUCAACAACAUCGGAUUCAACUUUCUAGAAACGAUUAAUUUUCUUGCGGCAGCCAAAGAACUGAAGAUCUCUUCUUUCUGAAUAUCGAAACCAAGGCUCGUCAAUCGUUUGUGCAGAAACUUUCCGGAUUCUUUCGUUGUAUUUGUCACGAAUUUUAAUGAAUUAUGAAUGCAUCGCGCCAAUAAUUGGAACCGGCGCAAUGUAAGCGACGCCAUAACAGCAUAGACGAUGAUGUAAAAUACUUUUGUACAAUACAUAAAGGAAAACCACCUGAUUAAAGCUUCUACCGCGCCAGGAAUCACUGUAUUAUCAAUAUGCAACGUUCCACUCAGUGUCAAGUCGGUGACUUCUCUAUUGUAUGUGUACGCAUGUGUGUUCAAUUGAUCAACACAACGUUUAAAAUAGUUAAUGAGAGAUAGUGAAGUGUGUGAUCGCACGUGGUACGCUAUGGCGCUUUCCGUAAAACAGAAAGGUGUGAAACAAGUUCCAUGGUUUUCACUAACUGAAUGGCAUCAGGUGUAUCAACAAGUUUAUUCCAAUGACAAAACUGAACAAACCAAGGCGUAUGAAACUCUACUCACGUGGCAAGCAAGGGUGCCGAAAUUGCCAGUAGGUGUAGACUGCACUCUUUCUAUCCUGCAAGUCUGUCUUAGAGAUCUCGAAUGGGCUCCCAAGAUUAAUAAGGGAGAUUUGCCAAUUAGUUAUGAAAAUGAUUUAUGUUUGAUGUAUUCAACCACAAUAAUGAGAUUCUUAAAUCAUAUCUCUAAUAUAGGACACACAAAGCAAACAUCAUUGUUUCAAAUUGCGAAGCAGGUUAACAUACCAGAAUGGAUUGUGAAUUUGAGACAUGAUACAGCUCAUGGACAUGAAUUACCAUCCAUUGGUGUAUUAAGAAUAGCUAUAAAUAUAUUAUUAACAUGGUUACAUGAAGAGUAUUGGGCAGCUGAAGCCAAGGGACUAGAGGAAUGUGCCAUCAGUAAUGAGCUUGUGAAAGAAGCUCAAGAGACUGAGGAGAUACAGGAAUUUAGCGAUUUAAUCGAACUUUGGACUGCUGUUAGUUUAUAUAUUCAUGCUGGAUACAAUUUCGUAAAGGAUAUUCCAGAUUCAGAAUUAGUGGAAACAUUGCAAGAUCUGCGUUCAUAUGCUAUUUCUUUGCCUGAACAAGAUAAAGAAGAUACAGAAAACAAUAAUGAUAACUACACAGAAGUGACAACUGCCAAUAUAAAAAAGGAUAAAAAAUAUAAGUUAGAUACUGCAAGAAUGGUUCUUCUAUCUGAGAUUUCUAGAUAUCUCAGUAAAAAAUCUAUUCCCAAUACAAAGGAUGUGGUUUGUGAUGAACUCUUUAAUUCAGAAGCCUUUUUACCAAAUGAAGAUGUUUUACUCAUCUUCACUCACAAAGAAAAUACAGAAAAUGAGUUAAAAGAUGAUAUUUUGCCAUUAGAUAUGAUAAAAUUCUGGGAAGAUAUUAUGUUCUUAUUAUAUGAAAAAGAAGUGAUGGAGACUUUAAUUAUAAGAUUAAUUAAAUUAACAGAGAAUGAAGAAAUAGAUAAAUAUAAAAGGUCAUUAGCUUCCUUAUGGAUAAGUUCUAUAGCUUAUAGUUUUGUGAAAUUAGAUGUUGCUCAUUGUAUAUCUCGGUCUUUGGAGUAUGAACUAGAGGCAAAUAAUAAAAGACUGCCACCAAAAGCUUUCGAACUUAAAGUAAAAGACGAAACAGAGAAUGCUUAUCCACAUCUGAAGUAUGUUCUAUGGUUUAAUUUAUCUGACGUGGUAUUGCCUUUUCUCACUGAUAUAAAUUUCGUUUCGAAGCUUCUGUUAAAUGCAAACGAAUUCUCUAUUAAAUUUGUAUUACCUAUUCUGGAAUUAGUAAGUCCAAAAAUAGAUGCGAAUAAGAAACGGUUGUUGUUAAAUUUAGUUAAAGUUUAUGUAGAAGGACAAGCAACUGAUACUGAAAGUUCUAACAAGAACAAAAAAACAUUCACAAUAGAAGAUGUUCAUAAUCUGCAUGGCCAUGAAGUACUAAAUGUCCUUGAACAAAAUGAAUUUCAGAAUAAAAUACGUAGCUUUUUAACGGAUCAAAAGGUGCGAAAUAAUCAAUGGAAAUUAGCACUUGCUAAGUAUCAAUGGGCUGAAUGUCCAGUGGGUUUGCUCCCAUGGCAAAUUGAUUCCAUGGAAAUGUUAGAACCACUAAAGUCUCUUUCAACUCAUAACGUUUCAAGUUUGGAGUCUGAAAUUACUCCCGGAGUUCUCAACACGAACGAUUUGAAAAUGCAAAGUCAAAUUAACUGGGACAACGUUCUGAGGAAGAAGAAACGUUUGAAACGGAAACGUGAACGAAGAAAUGCGGAUAUUAUAAUUAAUCGAGCAUUGGAGACUGCUAAAAAACAAAAGUAAUGCAUUACAUAUACGUUGUAUUUUAAUAUUUUUAAUUGGCACUGUUCGUGAAAGGCAUGAGAACAAGGAACAGUGUAAUUCAUCAACGUAUUUUUGUAAUGUAAUAAAUUAUAUAUCAAAAUUUAAGUUAUAAGUAUCAAAAUUAAAGUAAUAAACAUAGACUUUUCAACAUUUUGUAUACGCCACGUGUAAUUUCUUUACCGUUAAGCAUGUUUAACAGGAAGUGAAAGGAAUUACACAUGUUUGUAACAAUUUAAAUAGAAUUUAUUGAAUAGAAACUGUACACGAAUUUUACGUAACGGCAUUCUCGCGAUCAACAACCUCCAAUUAACUAAGUAAAACAACAAAAGAUAAUCCUAAUCACAUUCAUUCGAACCACUCGUACGGAACACAGGUAUACUCACACGUAUAAGCUAAUUUUUUACACAAUUAAAUUUGUAUAAUUUACAUAGUAUAAAUUAAAAAGUAAUUAAAGUUC